CGAUCACGUUGAUCGCAUCUUUGUGCAGAAAGGACUUCGUUAAAUUGGCGAACGGUGUCUGUGGGUGAUCUAAGAUUCAGCAACUGAAAUGACGGACCCAGUUUCCUCUGAUCCUUUCUCUACUGCCACAAGUCCCUCACGUUCCUCUAGGUCGAGGAGGGCUAGCCGUGGGGACCCAGUCACCUCCAGUCCAAACAGAGAUUUACCUCCCUUUGAAGAUGACUCAGAGCUGCUUGGUGAGCCAAGGGAUGAGGCUGCGGAGGCAGAGGAAGAUGAUGGAGAAGAGCUGUUCGGGGAUAACCUGGAAAGAGAUUACCAGGCCAUUCCUGCCUUGGAUAGAUACGACCAGGAUGUGCUGGAUGAUGAUGAUGACUACUCAGAGCUGUCUCAGGGACAGCGCUACGAGGCAGAGAGGAGCAUGCGCAAACGUGACAGAGAGGAGGGAAGGGCUACUGGCCGCAUGAGACGGGGACUCAUGUAUGAUGAGUCUGAUGAUGACGAAGAACGGCCAACACGGAGGCGACGAAUCGCUGAACGAGCUGCUGAGGGCGAAAUGGAAGAUGAAGAGAUGAUAGAAAGCAUUGAGAAUCUUGAGGAUAUGAAGGGACACUCUGUCCGGGAGUGGGUCUCCAUGUUGGGACCAAAGACAGAAAUUAAGAACAGAUUCAAAAAUUUCCUACGAACUUUUGUGGAUGCCAAAGGUCACAAUGUGUAUAGGGAGAAAAUCCGACAGAUGGUGGAAGCUAACCGAGAGAGUUUAGUGAUUGAUUACAACAUGUUAGCCUCAGCAGAACAGGUGUUGGCUUACUUUUUACCUGAGGCACCCGCGGAAAUGUUGAUUAACUUUGACGAGGCUGCAAAAGAGGUCGUGUUCAACAUGUACCCAAACUAUGAGAAGAUUGCCAAGGAGAUUCAUGUGAGAAUAGCAGAAUUGCCUCUGAUUGAAGAACUGCGCUCUCUCAGACAGCUUCACUUGAAUCAGUUGAUUCGCACCAGUGGUGUGGUGACCAGCUCAACAGGGGUUCUGCCUCAACUCAGCGUCAUCAAGUACGACUGUAACAAGUGCAACUUUGUCCUGGGGCCUUUCUACCAAUCCCAGAACCAGGAGGUCAAGCCAGGGUCAUGCCCUGAGUGUCAAUCAUUGGGGCCGUUCGAAAUCAACAUGGAGCAGACAAUUUACAAAAACUACCAGAGAAUCACAAUUCAAGAAAGUCCUGGCAAAGUGCCAGCUGGUAGACUGCCAAGAUCUAAAGACGCCAUUUUAUUGGAUGAUUUAGUGGACAUGUGCAAACCAGGAGACGAACUGGAAUUGACAGGAAUUUAUCACAACAACUAUGACGGAUCGCUCAACACAGCAAAUGGCUUUCCUGUAUUCGCAACUGUUAUCCAAGCCAACUACAUUACAAAGAAAGACGACAAAUUGGCUGCGAACAGCCUGACUGACGAAGACAUCAAGGCCAUUGUGGCGUUAUCAAAAGACGAGCGAAUCAGUGAGAGGAUUUUUGCCAGCAUGGCACCCUCAGUGUAUGGACACGACGACAUCAAACGAGCAAUUGCGCUAGCCAUGUUCGGUGGAGAGCCCAAAAACCCUGGAGGCAAGCACAAAGUGCGCGGUGACUUAAAUGUGUUGUUUUGCGGAGAUCCAGGAACAGCUAAAUCGCAGUUCCUGAAGUACGUAGAGAAAACGGCGCAUCGUGUUGUCUUUACAACUGGACAGGGAGCCUCUGCAGUUGGUUUGACAGCCUACGUUCAGCGUAACCCAAUUUCCAAGGAAUGGACAUUGGAGGCAGGUGCUCUGGUGCUGGCUGAUAAGGGCAUCUGUUUGAUUGAUGAGUUUGACAAGAUGAAUGAUGCAGAUAGGACAAGUAUUCACGAGGCCAUGGAGCAACAGAGCAUCUCUGUGUCUAAGGCUGGUAUUGUCACCUCACUGCAGGCUCGCUGUGCCAUUCUGGCUGCUGCAAAUCCUAUUGGCGGAAGAUACGACCCUUCCUUGACAUUCUCAGAAAACGUUGACUUGACGGAGCCCAUUCUCUCUCGUUUCGAUAUACUGUGUGUGGUAAGAGACACAGUGGAUCCUGUGCAGGACGAGAGACUGGCUAGAUUUGUGGUAGGGAGUCACAUGAAACAUCACCCAAAUGCCUCAGAAGAUGCUAUGAAUGGAAAAGAGGAUGGCCUGACUAACACGACAGGACUGGAGCCCAUCCCUCAGGAGUUGCUGAGGAAGUAUAUCAUCUACGCCAAGGAGAAAGCUCACCCUAAGCUUCAUCAGAUGGAUCAGGAUAAAGUGGCCAACAUGUACUCUGCCCUGAGAAGGGAGUCAAUGUCAACGGGCAGCAUCCCUAUCACGGUCAGACACAUCGAGUCAAUGAUUCGUAUGGCGGAGGCCCACGCUCGUAUGCACCUGAGAGAUUAUGUAAAUGAGGAUGAUGUAAACAUGGCCAUUCGCAUCAUGCUCGAGAGUUUCAUCAGCACACAGAAAUUCAGUGUCAUGAGAAGUAUGAGAAAGACUUUCAGUCGUUAUUUGGCAUUCAAAAAGGAUAACAAUGAGUUGUUGUUGUUCGUCCUCAAACAACUUGCUCAGGAUCAGCUGUCAUUCCAGAGAAACCGGUUUGGGAUGGAUCAGGAUGUCAUCGAAAUUUCUGAGAAAGACUUGGCUGAUAAGGCAAGACAGAUCAACAUUUUCAACUUGACAGAAUUCUACAGCAGUGACCUCUUCAAGUCCAACAGAUUUUCCCAUGAUUCCAAGAGAAAGAUGAUUGUGCAGGCAUGGUGAUAUUUUUGGUUGAAUGGAUUGUUAUAUUCUGGCAAGGCUGGCGUCAUGAGCCGUGCAUGAAUCUCGAGGGAAUCCUUCAUGUAGGCUGACGUGAAUCAACCAACGUCAGUGCUCUGUGCCAAGGACCUCCAAUGAUGCCAGUGUUGAAGUAUGAACUUGAACACAGGGAAGUGCUCAAGGUACACAAAGUGUGCCUUUGUGUCCCAAUAAAAUCAUACUGAAGAUUCUGACUUCUUGGCUAUGUACAGUAUAAAGGACAGGUGGAUUAUACAGUGGCAAAAAUGGACCAUUUGCUGAUCAAGUACGGACAAAUGAUACGGAAGAAUAUGUGAUGUGGAUGUGCUGACAGUGUGUCUCUUACCUGCAUAAGUACAUGUAUGUGUAUGUCGGAUUUUAUUCCACAGUUAGGUACAACUCAGAAUUUUUAAUAAAAUUUGAGAAUAUUUAAAUAUGAAAUUGUGAUGUAAAUAUUGAGAUGCAGAGUGUUGCAAAUUUUUGUUCGACAGUUUAAAGAAAAAUUAAAUUUUCCUGGAAAACAGAAAAAUAUAAUUCACUUUUGAACUCUUAACAAGCUGAAAAACGCAGCACUAACAUUUUGUGACAAAAAAUCAUGCGUCCUAAUAUAAUUGCAGCCCACUUCUGAAAAAUAUAAUCAUAACAUGUGCUUUUUAUGUUAAAAUUUUUAUAGUAUUGAAAGAAAAUUUUCAUAAUAAGUGGCAUAAGUAAGUAAUACCAAUAUCUUACAUGCACAAAAGAUACAGAGCAGAGCUUUGUACGAAGACCAGUUAAUCCGGGCUGAUAAAUCCAUUAAGAAUUGCAAUAAGCAGCAGCUAAUGAAAGUUUAUUAUGUUUGCCUAUUUAGUUCCAUUUUAUCGAAAUUUAACUAAGUGAUGAUGUCAGGAACAGUUAUGACCAUCGUACUACAUGAGCACACUGAUUUAGUUCAAAAGAGAUGCUGUGUAGUUCUUUGAAAUGGUCUGUAUGUGAUGGGAUAAUCGGUUACUUAUCUGCGCUUGUCAACAUUGUUAUGAAAUUUGAGCAGAAGACACCAAUGAAGACUUUAAAUGCUGUUGUUAUUGCUGAUAGAAAAAACUUUGUAUA